CCCGCCCAGGGACCGGGCUGCACAGCUGAGACGUGAUCGAUAGGUGUGAUAAGCGCAUGUUACCGCAUCUGAAUUGUUCAGCAGGUCGAGUUAAUUUAUCUGAGAAAGGCCACUUUACCGAUAGAUCGUACAAUGGAGAGAUGGGUUGGACGAGUUGCCUUGGUAACAGGAGCAUCUGUUGGUAUUGGAGCAGCAAUUACUAGAGCCCUUGUGAGACAUGGGAUGAUUGUUGUCGCCUGUGCUCGUGGUGUGGAUAAAAUACAGGCGAUAAAAUCCGAGCUUGAAGCGGAAUCUGCACCUGGUAAAGUUCAUCCGAUCCAGUGUGACCUUACCAAGAAAGAUCAGAUAGCAGCCAUGUUUGAACAGAUCAAGAAGGAAUUUAAAGUAGUCCAUGUCUGUAUUAAUAACGCCGGUCUAUCCUUUGGUGCCCAUCUUGUGAAGGGAAAUCCAGAAGAUUGGCAAGAAGCACUGGAUGUAAAUGUCAUGGCUCUGUGUAUUUGCACACAAAAUUCAAUCAAACUAAUGCUGGAUAAUAAAGUAAAUGAUGGACAGAUUAUACAUCUGAAUAGCAUGUCUGGUCAUAGAGUGGUAGGAGAUGGAUUUUACUGUGGAACCAAGUACAUGGUGACAGCUUUGACAGAAGGUUUGAGAACAGAACUGAGAGCAAUGAAAACCAACAUCAGAGUCUGUGGUAUUUCACCGGGUGUGGUUGAGACAGAAUUUGCACCGAGGAAAGCACGUCAGGAUCCUGAAGAAUGCACAUUUUAUAAGAAAAAUCCAAGUAUCAAAGCAGAAGAUGUCGCCAAUCAAGUCAUUCACAUUCUUCAGCAACCUCCUUACGUUCAGAUUCAUGAUAUAUUGCUUCGACCAACUGAGCAAGUGAAGUAGAAGAAUCAUAUUCUACAACAUUCAGAUAGCAAGAUAAAUGGUAGAUUUAGACCAGUUAAUGCUUCAUCCCCUACUAACUAAUAUCAUCAUACCAAAAUUAAUUUGUUUAUAAAUUAUUAUUAUUAUUCUCUUUUUUCUUUUGUUAAUUUAUGAAAAAUGUCCAAAGAAAUCUGAACUUGUGCCAGUAUUAUAAUAUAUGUGUAUUCCAUUUUAUUUUGUAUAUCAAUUAUUGAUUAAUCAGGUUUUGAAACCAAGUAAAUUGCAAAGUAUUUUUAGGUACAAUACAAUAAAACAUGGUAUGAAGUAAAAUAAGAAUGGUUAGUGAGCCUUUGAAGAAGCAACAUUUUUUUUUCUCUGCAGGUAAACAAGUAUAGAAAUUAACAAAAUAAACUUAUUUCUGUGAUUAAAUGUAUGUAA